UUUAUUAGAUUGCGCUUUUAGUUCGAGAGUAAACGAAAAGGAUUAUGGGAAUUUGACAAACAGAAAACAGCCAUAUUUAUGCUAUUCGUGUAAUUACUAAUGCUUUGAAUUGAUUAUAUGUUAAUGAAGUAUUAUACGAUCAUUUACUAUGUUGUGAAUUGUAACGAAGUACUUAAAUUUGUUAUGUGAUACUUUGCUUAUUGAAAGGUGAUUUUGAAUGUUGUGAUUUACUAUUGUGCAAUAAUGAUACAAACAAAUUGACCUUCCUCGUCCGAGGGUCACAGGUGCGAUAGUCAUUGGUCGAGUGAUACAAGUACGCGAAGCCUAAGGCUAUGGACAUCUCUAAAGCAAUGGAGAUUGUGUUUAUAUCUUCAUUACAUGUAUUUAUUGAUUAUUACUUUCAUCAGAUGAAAAUUGCAUUUGCUUCAUUGAGAAUAUCACUUGUGUGACUUAAUCAGCAAGUGGAACCAAUGAAGAGCAAUGCAUGCUCGGAUGCCUGGAACUCUAAUGCCACUUAAAGGAGGUGGCAAGGUGCACAGCUUCGUAGGAGGCUAAAGAUGGCAUCCUUUAAUCAGGAUGCCAGGACAGACACCAUAGUUUUGAAUGCUUCUUUUCAAGCUCCCUGUAUGUCAGAAGGUCUUGUGGUUGCAAGUCCUUUCGAUGCCAGGGGUGUCGUUAAGUCGCUACCUUCCUCCUCAAUCUCUUCUAAUGAACAAAACAAUGUUGUUUUUUCUUCAAUAACGUCGAAACCUUCCCCAGUUUACCAUCUUCCUGUCAGCAGUAUGUGCGCUCCAAUGACAGUAGGUGUUGAGCCUAGUCAGGAUGGCAAUAACAAAUUCAGUGAUACACAGUGUGUUUCCUCUUCUGUUGGCCUGAUGGACGGUAUACCCCAUAGCAGCAAGAUGUAUCCUGGUGGUCCAAAAUAUCCCUCAGAGGUGACCUCAUCACAUCCACUAGUUGCUUCUCAGCACAGUGAAGCGUUUGUAACUGUGCCUUUUGGAUGGAAACGUGUAAUAUCCAGCGGAAAAGUCAUAUACAUCAGCCCGAGUGAAGUUUAUCUUCAGUCUCUUCAAGAAAUUGCUAUUUAUCUCCAGACUGAAGGCACUUGCAAGUGUGGCCUAGAAUGUCCUUUGAUGAUCAACAAAGUAUUUAAUUUUAACCCUAUGGCAACUACUAAAUGUUUGAAUGUCAAUGACCUCUCAUGGAAUGAUCCCACAAAACUUUGCAACCAUAAACGAAAGAUUGCUGCAAUGGCUACUUUUCAAAAUAUUGCUGGCCCACUUUCUACCUUUGGUCCUGUUGGAGGAGGAGAGUUUAAUUCUUUAUUGACUCAAUCUACUUCUAAGAAGGAAGUUUGUGUCACCAAUAAGAAAAAGCGUGUUAAAGGUAAAAGUAGAAGUCCUUUUGAGAGUGUUCUUGUAUCCCAGCUGUUAGCCCAGAGAGAUAAAUUAGGACAAAAGAAAGAAAAAAUUGAAGAUUCAAAAUCUUAUAGUGAAAGCAAUUUAAAAUUUCAAAGCGGACAAUCUUAUAAAACUGAUUCUCAGAAUGUGGUUCCUGCUAAAUCUCCAAUGAUUGAUCAAAGAAAUAAUUCUAAGCCAAUGGGAUUCAUUUUAGAAGAACAGAAUAUGUCAGUUUUUAACAAACUGAAUAAUGCUUCCAAUUAUGGUCCUCAAUUAAUAAAUCAACACAAUUUCAUCCCUGAAAAUAUAUUUCAAGAUAAAAAAUUACAAGGAUGCAUUCAAUCAUUUCAGCCAUGUUCUACCGACAACAAUGCUAUUAUGUUUCCUAAAAAUAAUCCUUCUAUGCCCUGUGUAGUUCAGGAACAGAGUACUGUUCGUCCUUCUGAAUCUGUUUAUGCUGAUAGGAUGUCUUCACUACCACCUAUUGAACCAAUUGGAUCAUCCAUACAUCAAAAUAUAUUUAACCCUCAACAAUUUCUGCAAAAUAAUAUUCCUGCUAACAUAGCGUUGAAUUGCAAUUUUUCCUCAACUACUGCUAAUAAUCAGAUUUUUAAUGCUCAACUUCCUGUAAAUCAGUGCAUUACAAUGAAUCCUCCCAAUCAAUCCUCAGCAGACGUUGUUACUGUAUCCCAGUCGCCAAACACUGGUACCUUUCUUUUCCCAUCUGAUGUUCAAAACCAACUUUCUCCUCAUAUUAAUAACAUUUCAAAUAUUAUGAACACUGGCUGUGUUCAAAGCUUUAGCACUCCCCCACAAGAAAUGCAGCAUCCCACAUCUUCAGUACCGACAAAUUCUGCUAGAUUCACGCCUUCCAAAGAGGACACAGUAGUAGUUUCACGUACAAAAUCUAAGAAAAGUUCUAAAAUGAAAAUAAACAAAAUGAAUUCUGUACUAGAUCGUGGAUCCCCUUGUCCAAAUAUUGAUGUCCGCCAAAUUCCUUCUGAACACCACCGUCCACCACCUGGAACUUAUGCUGCCAUUACUAGCUCUUCUGUGGGGCCUGCACAAAGUCAGCAAGUUGUUUAUAAUCAAGUCCCCUUUUCGACUGAUAUGAAUAUUUCAUACAUUAACAAACCUGUUAUUAACCAAAAUAUACCUUGCAGGUCUAGAAAUCAAAUCGGUAAUUUUUAUGAUGCUUCUAAAACACCUGAGCCCAAUAUGGUUAGCAGUAAUGUGCAAUUUCAACCUUCUCAGAAUAAAAGUUUCCAGAACACAUUUCAGUUUCAAGAUGCAACCCAAUAUCCUCCAAAUUCUUUUGCACAGUUUGAUAACAGGAAUAAGGGCAAAACGAAUUCUCAUUCUAAAGCAACCAUUGCUAAUCAGCAAAGUCCUAAUAUUUCAUCACCAGUUGUUAGUACAACUAACUGGGCAUAUCCUAAUUCAAGUUCAUCAAAUUCAAUUGAUAAUGUUUAUGAAAAUCGGCAAACUCCAAUUCUUGAACGAGCUUCAUCAGCCAAUGGAAGUCCUUGCAGUUCUAUUAGACUUUCAUCAGUUGGAGAAAAUAAGUUAACUGACGUGGCAUCUUCAACUGCAAUUCAAAUGAUUACUAGUAAAACUAGCAAUGCAUGUUCACCCACUUCUUCUGUUACUUCUGUCUCUUUGUGUUGUUCUAUUCCAAAUAGUAUGAAUGUGUUACCAAAUUCAAUUUAUGUUUCUUCUAACUCCAAUAUUAUUAACAUUCCCAUGAGUGCAACGUCUCAAAGUAAUAUAAAUACCCUCUAUUCUACUCAAAAUGUAUUUUCAAAUUCUUCCCAAAUCAGGCAAAAUAUUAAUAUGUCUCAGCAACCAAUAGUUUAUAAUCAAACUUUACCAAACAGUGGAAAUCAACGACCAGAUUUGACUACCAACUUUUUUAUGCAAAAUGCCCCUACCACCAAUUUAGAUGGGGUUUCUGGAUUGCGACCUCCAAUGGUCCAGCAAGAUGGUUCUGGUAUGUUAGUACAACAAGUGCUAAGCCAGAAAAUAACCUCAGAUUUUUCAGGAAAUAUGUUUUCUUCUGCAACUAGAGCACAAGUUAUGCAGCAAGUUAGUGGGAUGGUUUUACCUGCUUCAGCUCCUAAUAAUGUCAAUUCUCAGCAAUUAGUCCUGGCACCCACACAGAUGAGGAUGUCUGGUCCAGGUGGGCUCAUAACUAUGCUACCACCCACUAUGACUAGUACAGCUAUGAUGAAUGGCACCCAAGUCUUGACAGCACCUGCACAACAAAUGGGGCAGCAAAUGGUUUUGUCUGAUAACAUCAGGCCAAAUAUUGUAAAUCAACAGCAGCAGAUAUUGCAAAAUAAUUGCUUUAUAAUGAGUAACCAACCAACGUUUGUUACUAGACCCCCUAAUAACAAUAUUGUUAAUUGUCAAGUGCCAUGCCCAACUAAUGUGUCAACUUUUUCCAAUGGUCUUGGUAGUUAUAAUGCCCCACAAAAUAACUUGACUAGCACGACAAUGAUUACUGCACCAAUGUUACACAAGGCACAAGAUCGAAAUGAAUUAUCUUCUCAACAUGUCACUAAUGAAUUAAAUUUGCAGAAUGGCAAAGAUCAGUCCGUUGGAACUAAUUUAUCUACACUUCAACCAACUCAAAGAUUUUCUGAACACAGAGCUGAUAGUUCUACUGAUAUUAUACAAGAUAACUGGUUACAAAAACAAGAUGUUCGAAAUAAUGUUGGCGACGGAAUGAACCAUGCUGCUGGGCCUUUCUUAAGCAAUGUUUCAACUUCUAGGUCAAGUUCAGUGCCUUCUAACAUAUCGGGCCAAACUAUGUUUUCAAAUUGUGGCCAAGUACUCAUAAAUGGAGACAAUGCAAAUUGUGUACCAGCACAAGCUAUGUCAGCUUCAAAUCUGUCUCGUAUGACAAAUGUGAUACCUAUUGUAGGGGGCCAAUGUGCACUAAAUUCUCCAAUGCCACCUUUAUCAAUCCCUAAUGUAACAGCUGUGACCACCACAAUGACGCAAAUGAUUCCUGCUAUUGGCAUUGCUCCACAAAUUUUGGGACAGCCUGUUCAACCUAUGGUUCAGGUGAUUAAUACAGUACCAUUUAAUUCAAUGCAGAAUGCUGUAAUUGUUAAUGGGGGCUCUAAUGUUUUGCCUCAAACUGUUCGUUUAGACACUUUACAGACAUCACCUGUUGUUGGAACACCUACACCUACAGUUUUUAAUGGUGUUGUAUUUCCCCCUAAUACUAUGAAUUGUGUUCCUUCUCCUGCUACUAAUGUACCAACUUUAAGACAGCCUCAUCCUAUGAAUCACAGUGAAGAUAUGCGCUUGACAUUUGAAAACAUGCAUGACACUAGGAGUACACCAGGAUCUAAUUCCUCUUGCAGUACACCAGUAUCUAGUUGUAGUUCCACCCCAAUAUCCUCUAGCAGUGAUACCCACAAUAUGGCUUUGCGUGCUUUAUCUCCUGCCAUCAGGAAAAGAAGCCGGGAUGGUAAACGUAAAGCUAAUAGCCAAACAGUGGCAUCCAUGCUGCAACAUGGUGCUCACAACUCUUCAAAUAAUACAGGAAAUUCAAAUUCUGUUGUUCAGCAACAGCAGCAGCAGCAUCCUACCCAAACUCAACAUAUCCAGCAACAACAAAACACACAAAUGUCUAAUCUUCAACAACAGUUCCUGCAACCACCUGUGCUACAGACACUUACCGUCCUACCUCAACAACCGAGGCCCCUUUUACAACAACCAGUAAUGAAUUACAAUAGUAUAGGUUCAGUUGGUGGUCCUCAAAUUUUAACUACUGGUCUUACAAGUCCUCUUGGUAUUGUUCAACCUUUAAGUAUGCUUGGUGUAACACCAACUGGAGCUGUUAUACAAAACAUCCCUGUACAACAAGUUGUCCCAGGACCCCAUUUUCAGUCUUUAACUGUUUUGCCUCAUGCUGCACUUCCUCAGGAACAGUCUGUUGUAGUGAAUGAUACUUCUUCAAUGAAUGUUCAUCCUACACAGAUGCACAGUGCCUUUGCAACUGGUUCAAUUGUUCCUAAUAUGGUUGCUGCCAAUCCAGUGCUUAAUACUCAUGUGGGAGGAACUGAUGUUCUUGUUUCAUCUCAAUCACAUACAGUGACAGAAACUAUGUCUGUUCCAGCUCCAUUUCAGUCGGUUUUUUCUCAGUCGUUGCCCCCAAUAGCGCAGUCAUUGUCAUCUACGACAAAUAUCAGUAACGUCAAAACUUGUAGAUCAGGAAAUGUGCUUACUUCAACAGCAGCAGCGUCUUAUCAAAACUCAACAUCUGUGCCCGCAUUUAAAUCUUCAACAUCUACAGCUAAUAUUUCCAUGCUUGAUAGUAAAGAGGAAAUGUUGACUGCAAAAGUGGAUUUCUUUACUGAAUCAAACCAAAAAGCAAGAAGUAUAGGUGUGCAAAGCAGUUGUACAGAACAAAAUGCUGCUGUUCAAACUGUAACAUCUACUAACCCGGUGAAUAAUUGUAAUAUCUUAGACAAUAGUCAAAAUGCAAAAAUUAACAUGCAAGAUAACUGUUUAGAUGAUGCAAAGUCAAAAUUUGAAGGUGAAAAUAGCAGUACCAUGCUAUCAUCUGGUGGGGAAUCUUGUGAAUCACCUUGGCCUGAUCCGGUGAAUCUUUCAGCGGCUGUUAGAGCCGUAGUGCAGGAACAAGUGGAUAGCAAUGAGGAACUUAUUUCUCAUUCCAUGAGUAGCGAUAAUCCUAUUAAUUUUUUAGAUUGCACCUCUUCAAUGCGUGAUGAAACAUCUGAACAGACACCUACAUCAUCUAUGGGUGAUACCAUUGAAGAGAGUAAUGACGGCAAUUCGGUAUUAGAUUUAAGGACUAUGUCUGGAGAAUUUGGUACCGAACAAGAUAAUUGUUCAGAUGGCAACUACAGAUCUGAGGAAGGGAUUCUACACCUGAAUAAAUGGCAAGAAAAUCGGUCACCAACUAACAGCCAGAGAGAACAUAGUGAUAAUGUUGUUGAAAGCGCUUCAACGGCAUCGUCUGAAAGCUCUGAGCAAACCAAUACAGAUUGCAAUGUUACUAGCGAUUCUGGUGUUGAAUCAAGUCAAGAGCCUAUGAACUUGGCAUGUAUACGUGAGGGAGAAUCCAUGGCCGAUACUGACCUGGUGUCAGAACAAGUUGGCUUAAAGAGCUCAAUGUCAUAUGUAGAAGAUUACAUUAUUCAGGAUGAGGAAAAAUUGACUCAAAAACGAGGUCUUAAGAGACUGAAACGAGAAAUUGAUAUUGCAUAUGAUGAUUAUCAAGAGGAGGAUUCAGAUGAUGGUUCUGCCUUGUCACCACCAUUGCCUCCGCAACCUCGCACAUUCAAUGAUGGAGACUUAGUUUGGGGACAAAUUCGAGGAUUCCCGUCUUGGCCUGGAAAACUCGUUCCUCAAGAAGAAGUCAAAGGCACACAUAAAACUGAAAAUGGAAAGCUUUGGGUGAGAUGGUUCGGUGAUCAUACUUUAACUCAAGUAGAACCUGACAAGUUAAAAACUUUGUCAGAAGGUCUCGAAGCACAUCAUCGAGCCCGGAAAAGACACAGAAGGGGUCGCAAAAUGAAUUCUCAACUCGAGAAUGCGAUUCAGGAGGCGAUGAUGGAACUAGAUCGCCAAGCCUCUGACUUCAUAACCGAUACAGAAGAAGAGAGUUCUGUUCUCUCUGUAGAGCUUGCAUUACCGGACAGCUCAAUGUCUCCCACGUGUUCUCGGACAAACAAACCCAGGGGAGGUUACAAACGUAGAUAGCAGUGCCUAUUGUUUACUCCAGAGUGCAAACAAAUGUGAAACUGAAACCUUGUGUUUGUUAUAUAUAUAUAUAUAAAUGACGGAUUCAAAGAAAUUCUUACUAAUAAAAUAUAUAGCUGCUGUUGAAGCUUAUAAUUUUGAGCUAACCAUAUGUAUAAAGUCAAUGAAAUUUUACUCGCUAUAUAUACUCGCAGAGGGGUUCAUUUCCUAAGACUAGGAAAACCCUUGUGCGAAAUGGAACUCUUGUAAAUGAAAUGAGCUGUAAAGUGGCUUGUUUUUUUAUCGACAAAUGUAAAUGUUACAAAAAAUAUUGUGAAAAAUGUUGUUUUUGUUUUUAUUUUUUAUGCCUAAGCAUAAAGUGAUGCGUCCACGCUCAAUGUAGUCUAUUUCUUCCUUAAGGAUUUGGUUGUUAUCGCAUGAUGUUUGUUGUGUGUGCAUGUGCUUUGUGCACCCAUUUUUAGCAAAACUGUUCUUUAUGAGAUUAAAAUCUUAUGCACAUUA